AUGGCGGAAAACAAUCAUCGAGCGGGUGGUCAAGAUACCUCAUCCCAUACCGCAACAGAAAAUACACCACUCCUCUUUCCACCCAGAAAUGAUACACCGGCGAUUGAAGCAGUCUUGGUGGAUAAUGAUGACGAUUCAACAGGAACGGAUGUCGAUCCCAAUGAAUUCGAUUUGAUGUUAUCGAGAACAACAUCAUUUACAGCCAUCGGAAUCGAAACCAAUCCUCAAGAAUCAUCCAUGUUUCGAAGUUCCCGAAUUCAUCACCAUACCAAACGAGGAUCUCGAAAUUCAAGUCGUGUAAGCACGAGAAGGAAAUCCAUCGCUGGUUCUGUUAGGAGUAUUCGAGAAACCAUCGAGGACGAUGACGAGGAACCCAAAUCACCAUUUCUAGGCGGUGUUGGAGUAAAGAGAUUUUGGCUCAUUUUCGGUGGUGUGCUUUUAACAUAUACAUUGUCUUCAUUUGAUUCUACAAUCAUGGUUUCGAGUCAUCCAGUUAUCACUUCAUAUUUUCAUGCGUCUAAUAGUGCAUCAUGGUUGUCGACCGCAUUUCUUCUCACAUCCACCAGUUUCCAACCUAUCUUCGGACGUCUCUCCGAUGCCAUGGGAAGAAAACCUCCAUAUAUUUUCUCUAUGAUUUUGUUUCUAGCAUCGACGAUUUGGUGUGCUCUUGCUCAAAGUAUGACGAGUUUCAUCAUCGCGAGAGCAGUUUGUGGAUUGGGUGCUGGGGGUGUCAUGUCCAUGGGAUCGAUUAUCACGAGUGAUCUCAUACCCAUCGAGAUUCGCGGAGCGUAUCAAUCUUAUCUGAAUAUUGUUUUUGGUAUUGGAGCAGCUUCAGGAGCAGCACUAGGUGGUGCGAUUGCGGAUCAUCUUGGAUGGAGAUGGGAAUUUGGGGUUCAGGUCCCAGGAUUGAUUAUUUGCUUGAUUGUUUCGUGUUUUGUUAUACCAAAUGAUUUAGGUUUGAAUAGGGGGAAGAAAACAUUAAAGAAGGCUUUGAGUGUUUUUGAUUACAAAGGUUCGUUGUUACUAAUGGCCACUAUUACUUUCUUCAUACUCGCAAUUAAUCUCGGCGGUAAUAUCUACCCCUGGACACACCCUCUAAUUCUCACCUGUAUAAUCCUUACUAUCAUCGGUCUUCCCCUAUUCAUCAUAACCGAAUACUACGCCUCCCAACCCGUCAUGCCCCUCUCCCUCAUAACCCACAAUCCUCGUGGUUCCCUCAUCAUCGGCAACGCCCUCGGCGCCAUCGUAAUCAACGCAGUCCUCUUCAACAUCCCCCUCUAUUUCCAAGCCGUCCUCCUCGAAUCCCCCACCGCAUCCGGUCUCCGUCUCAUCAUCCCCUCCAUCGCCGCCAGCGCAUUCGGUACCCUCACCGGAUUCCUCAUCACCUGGACUCGCAACCUUAAAAUCCCCUUGGUCCUCGGCGUCUCUCUCUAUGUCAUCGGCACGAUAGGAUUAGUAGCUAUGAAUCGCUCCUUGCCAAAUUGGGUAUACGUCUUACUCUUGAUCCCAUCGAGUAUGGGACAAGGAUUCCAAAUGCCGGGCAGUUUCAUGAGUGUUUUGGCCGUGAGUGAACAGGGGGAACAAGCAGUUGUCACGACGACUUUGGUUUUGUGGAGGAGUAUGGGACAGGUUUUGGGGGUAGCCGUCAGUUCGCUCAUUGUGCAGAAUUCGCUGGUGGGAUUCUUGAAUGCGAAUGUGGUGGGACCGGAUAAGGAGAAGGUAAUCGAAGCAGUCCGCUCCUCCGUCCAAGCAGUAGCAGGUCUAGAACCCCACUACAGAGACCAAGUCAUCGAUUCCUAUGCCGAAGCCCUAAAAGCCGCGUACAUCUUUGCGUUGGUGAUGAGUAUUCUAUCUUUUGCUAUAACGAUAGGAAUCAAAUUGCCGAAACUUGGGUUUAGAAAGUGA